GCUCGGCGUUUACCAGGAGGCUCUUUUAGGGUCCUAGCGUUGCUCAGAGACGCGUUGUUGUCGUACAUGUUCAGUGAAUCUCCUGGAACCAAACCGAGAAUUUUCUUCACAAAAUAGCGAUAUUUUUCCAGCCGUGAGUGCAGACAAUCUGUCGACGAGCCCUAAAUAUAUCUUCCUGGGAUUGUAAGGCAAUAUUCUGCCGUAAAUAGUGAUUUAGAUAGCUUAGGUUCCAAACACGCUAAUCUGCUAAUUAGCCAGCUAGCCAAAGCGAGAUUCGGACGUUACCUAUCUUCGGGAAUAUAGACUUCAUUAUACGUUUUACGGUUUAUUGCUCGCAAAGAUGAACUAAAUGAGCUGUUCGUGUGAUGGAGUAAAGCAGCGGCGGCUGUCAUGAUCGUCUAAUCCCGCGGUGUUAAGAGGCUCAGUGUUUAAACUCCUGCGGCUCUCUCUCUCGCGAUGGACGCAGGAGGCAUUUCUGACCUGGACCUGGACAAAUACGACGCCGAUGAGCAGGUCAAGAUCAUCUGCCUCGGAGACAGCGCUGUGGGCAAAUCCAAGCUUAUGGAGAGAUUCCUUGUUGAUGGAUAUCGUCCUCAGCAGCUCUCCACAUACGCUCUGACUCUCUACAAAUACACCACCACCAUCAAUGGGCAGACUGUCCUGGUUGAUUUCUGGGAUACUGCAGGACAGGAACGCUUUCGAAGCAUGCACCCGUCUUACUACCAUAAAGCUCAUGCCUGUAUCAUGGUGUUUGAUGUCCAGAGGAAAAUCACAUAUAAGAACCUCCCAAUUUGGUACAAAGAACUGCGAGAGUAUCGGCCAGAGAUUCCCUGUCUGGUGGUCGCUAACAAGAUCGAUGCUGACAUGAAGGUCACCCAGAAGAAUUUCAGCUUCGCUAAGAAACAAGGUCUGCCCUUCUACUUUGUAUCUGCUGCUGAUGGGACCAAUGUGGUCAAGGUGUUUAAAGAUGCCAUUCAGAUGGCUCUGUCCUACAAGAGGAACUCCAACGACUUUAUGGAUGAAGUCAUGAGGGAGCUAGAGAAUUUUGAUUUAGACAGUAAAGAAGAAUCAUCUGAUAAAGACGAGGAGACGCAAGAGGGAAAACCGGACUCGGCGUGAUCAUAUCACAUUCUCCUCCGCUGCUCCUGCACUUGCACUGAUGAGUUCCUCAGAUCAUGGCUGUCCU